CUUUCUUUCCUCGAACGUAGCAGACGCGUUUUUCUUUUCACGUACUCUACAAAUCUGAGAGUCUUUUUGGCUUGAACAUCAUGGCGACAAGGAAUCUGUUGGCCAUCCUUCUUUUGGCCAGCAUCUGCAUGACCCAGGCAUAUCCGGCUUUGUUGCCCUACAUCUACAAUCCUUCCAAGCGCAGCAGUGAUACGACUUUCCCCCAUAUCGAGGACGAUGUCAGUGAACUGGACCAGCUGAGGAAUGAACCGGGAGCGGUGAUGGCCAAGCGGCAGCACGAUGGAAGUACCGCUCGCACCACCACUACCACCAAGAAGAGCGUCGAGGAGGUGGCCGCUGUUCCCGAGCCAGGUCCAAGUCCAAAUGCAAAUAUUCUGCCCGACUUGGAGAGGCAGUUAGAGGUGGCGACGCCUCUGAUCUCCACCACCACGACCACCAGCACGUCGGCCACCACCACUACGGCAACUUCCAAGGAGGAGGGCGAAAGAUCCCAGCUAGAGGAGCCAAAAACGCAGAUCAAAACCGUAGUGGAGCCGACGGCCCAUGCGAAGUGUAUAUCUACGAAACCACCCAAAAAUCAACAGGCAUUUUACGGGGCGGCUCGUCUAGCUUUUGGCCAAAAUCCAGAGGUGCUACCAACGACCACCACCACAAGCACGACAACAACUACCACGACCACGACGGCAGCUCCUCCAUCUGAAUCCGAGGCAGAAGGGGAGUCCCAAUCACCAGCCGAACUGGAUCCGGAAGCUAAAGAAGCAGAAUCGGAAACGGAAACCGCUCCAGAUGUGGCAGGAGAACCAGUAGAGUCACAGGAUGCCGUCGGCGAGGUUGCCGAAACUGAACUGACCGCCCUGAAUCCGCCCAAAUCCAAACCGAAUCACCAUGAACCCAACAAGGAGACCAUCGGAGACAUUGUCUUCGAUGUGGUGGCCCGAACCACGGAGCGAAGAUCCAGCACGCCAAAGAUAACGGCCAAGACCGCCAAAAGCUUGCUGCGUAGUCCGAAUGGUCAGUACUCCUCGUUUGACAUGGCCCAGUAUAUUUUCUGGACCGGAGAUGAGACAGCUGUGGUAAAAGCAGUGGAAGAACUGGUUGAAGGAAAAGUGAUCACUCGGGAGAGCGCCUUGAAGUUCCUGCAGGACAUUCGACUGGGAAUAGAGUUCCUGCAGCGCUCCUAUGCCAAUCGAAUUUUCCCCGAGGAGGUCCGCCAGAAUCAGUUAAAGCGCCACAGACCCGCCAUUACCACCCCCCCAGCAUCCACAACGACCACAACGACAACAAGCACCACUACAACCACAGAAAAACCGUUCCCAGAAGUGCACGAAUCGGGUUUGGAAUCAGGAAUCGAGCGAGGCGCCGCAGGAGUCCUGCCCGCGAAGAACUUCGAUAGCUUCACCUUCUGGAACAAACUCAAAGUCUUGGACAGCGAGGCACAGCAAGUACCAGACUUGAACGACUAUGACGAGGGUCGGGCCAAGAUUGUGGAGUACUUGUACAAUGAAUACUCCCUGGAGGAGAUCCUUUACAAGCUGGCAAAGGUGAUGUUUGCCCAAUCACUUUCGCAUGGCUCCGACGAGGCACAGAUGGAGCUGCAGAAGCUUACGGAAUUUCUAGAGCGCGAGGGUAACAUGGGUGUCAUACCCGUCGACCUGCAAAAGAAAGUUUUAAGAGUUCUGCUGAGCGCAUUGUCGGACACUCUGACCGAACAUCCGGAGUUCCUGCCGGCGGCGCGGGUUAAUCUGGCCAACCCAUUUUACAGGCUUCCAAUCCAUGCCCCCAGCCAAUAAAGAUAGAUUGGGAGGCCAUCGC